AUGGAAGCUAGUUCGGAAGGCGGUGAAGGAUUAUUAGCCGGAGCUAGUUUGUUAACUCGACCUGCUGAAGAAUUUGAAAAUGAUGCUGCUGUAGAAUUAAUGUGGGCUAAAAAAGCUUUUGAACAUGCUGAGAUAUAUUUUAACAUUUUAUGUUCAGUUGAUUCCAGUUUGUUAAAGUUAACUCCUAAUGAUGAAGAAAUAUAUCAAUUAUUUAGGCAAGUUUUUCCGGAUUUUUGUGUUUCCGUUAUUAAUGAAGAUGAAAUGAAAUCAACUGCUCAAAAGGAGAAAUGGAGAGAAUAUUGUUUAUUUUUUAAAGAUAAAGUUGAAGAUUAUAGUUUUGGAACUUUACUAAGAAAAGAUUGCACAGGAGAUUACACUGAAGAAAACAGUAUUUUAGUGACUAAAAUUCAAUUUUUAGCUAUUGAACUAGCCAGAAACAGGGAAGGCCUAAAUGAUUCGGUGAGAAUUAAAUACAGUAAAAAAAAUAGUAAUACUAAUAAAAUAAAUACUGUAUGA